UGUGUCCAUAGAUGGAGUAGCUCUGCUUCCUGCUCUUGUUGUGCUUCCUGUUAUCUUUUCUCUGGUUCUUACUCUUUUGGGCCCUUUUAGGGGCUGAAGGAGGCAUGUCUGUCUCAGGGGUUUGCACACUGCUCUGUUUCUGACAGAAAGGAAUGACUUUGUAUUCCUGCUGACAUGAAUCUCAAUCUCAUAUGUUACUCCGAACACUGAAGCUGACACCUUGAUGUUUCUUUGAGUCAUCACUUAUUUCCUACCUCUUAAAUGUUGCUGAACUGACUAAUGCCCUUUUAUUAUUCCUCAGUAGCUGCCAAGAAGAAGACAAAGUACAGUAGUGUGCAUGAGGCAGUGAAAGCUGGGGAUGUGGAACAGCUUGCGUCAAUGAUAAGAAGUGGAGCUGGUAUUAAUGAGGUGGAUUUAGUCCACAAAUUCACACCGCUGCACUGUGCUGCCCACUCUGGAAGCCUGGAGUGCCUUCACUGGUUGCUCUGGCAUGGAGCUGAUACAACACAUGUGACUGUGGGAGGCUGGACAGCAGCUCACCUUGCGGCUAUCCGGGGUCAGGAUGCUUGCAUGCAGGCUUUGUUAGUGAAUGGAGCAAAUGCAGAAGCUCAGGAUGACCGUGGGUGCACACCCUCACACUUGGCUGCAGCCCAUGGGCACUCAUACACCUUGCAGACCUUACUGCGACAUGGAGUGAAUGUGAAUGUUUCAGACAGGAAGGACUGGAAGCCUGUUCAUUAUGCUGCUUUCCAUGGCCGCUUGGGCUGUUUGCAGCUUCUCCUUAGAUGGGGAGCAUGUAUCGAUGAUGUGGAUAACAAUGGAAACCUUCCAGCUCACCUAGCAGCAGUGGAAGGGCACUUGCAUUGCUUCAAGUUCUUGGUCAGUAAAAUGGCCACUGUGAUGCACACACUGAAAGCCAGGAAUGACCAAGGAGAGACUCCAAGGGACUUGGCUGAACGGUUCUAUAAAGAUAAUAUCCUGCAGUAUAUUGAUGGUGUGGAAAAAGAGAGACAGCAUCUAGAGACACAGGCAGUUUUAGCUUUCCCAGCUCAUGGUGCUGCUUCCAAAGGGGACUUGUUAACACUUAGAGGAUUAGUGGGAAGUGGAGUGAUCAAUAUGAAUGAGCGGGAUGAUGAGGGAUCCACUCUCAUGCACAAAGGAAGUAAACAAACAUAGCAAGGGGCUGUUAUGAAGAAAUGGAUUUAUUCUUCCUUCAAAAGAAUAAGCUUGAGAAAGCAGCUUCUAGGUUUCAGCUAGACAUGCCAAAUGCUUUCUUCUGUAUGUGAGACACCAUUCCUGGCACCAUGUGGUGUGAGCAGCGGUCAUGCCAGGUCAUAUGAACAGGCCAAGCUGUUGUGUUACACUGAAGCUGAGAAGUUUUGCCUUCACUGUCUGGCCCAAGAAAUGAUGUCCCUAUAGCUGCAGCACAAAGCCUUGGCCUCUCUCCUCCAUAAGACAACAUUACACACUGGGGUAACCAGGCUGUCCAUCCCAGAUAGAUGGGAGCCCGAAGCUGGAGAGAGGUGAUGGUGCUUUGCUGCAGAUCUAAGACACACACUGGCCUUACUGCAGGGGAGUCUGAGGCAACAGUUACUUCUGUGUCUCAUGCUUAGUGCAUGAGAUUGGGCAAGUUUAAUUUAACUUGUGCCCAGGAAGAGCUGCCAGUAAAUAUCUAGAACUAGAAAGAGUCACAGAACCACAUUUAAUGGGCUUCCCUAAUGGUUCUGUAUGACUUGAGCAUCUUGACAUAGAGGCUUCUCUUGCAAUAGUAUCUCCACUGUGGUGUUCUAGUGAUCCCAGCCUCUGGCAUGUCAGAUAAUGACAAGAGGAGAACAUUUUAGAUUUGAAAUGCUUCAGUUGAAUAUACCUGACUUAUGUGCACCUUCCUUCCCUUAGCUGCUGGACAGGGGCAGAUCCAGUGCCUACAGUGGUUGAUUGAAAUGGGAGCUGACUGUGACAUUACAAAUGAUGCUGGAGAGACUCCAAAGGAUGUAGCCAAGAGGUAGCAGUCCAUAUCCUGUAGCUCUGCCAUUUAUUUCCUUACUAUUUAUAUAUCAAUAACAUGUCAGCUUUCUUGGGAUUAAUCCUGAUUUUCAGUGAUGGAGCAAGAACAGAUCAGGCCCAUGUAUUCCAGUUCUGAGUGAUAAGCAAAGCUGUACUGUAGCUAUAAAAUGAUUUAAUUUUCACUUUAGUUAGAUAUUUUAGCAAGGUCAGACAUGAAAGAUGGAAACUAGCUGACCUGCGAAAGGUUGUGAACCAGUAUGCUCACAGUUUGCUCUACAAAGUAAAUGGGAAGCAGCUCAGGCCACCUAGGUUUUGCAUGAAUAAAAAGAAUUCAUGUUUUUAUGGGAUUCAAUUACAAAACCCUGCAAAGGAAAAGACACCUCCGAUGUUGGAGUUAUUGUCAUAAGAUUCCAUGGAGGCAGAGCUCAUGCCAUCAGAAUAUUAUAAAAGCAGAUGAGCUGCUCAUAGCUUGUGCUUCCUUUAAUCCUGACCCCCUCUAUGAUAAAUGGGAAUAUGAGGAGUUUCAGAGAGUUUCUCUCACAAGCAUUUUGCAGGCAAUGGGGAUAUUUCAGUGCAGGUUCACUGUUCUCCCUGCAGAUUUGCCCAACUGGCAGCUGUGGAACUUCUGACACAGAGAACUGGAGACAGUAACUCAAGUGAUGAAGAACUAGAUGCAAACAACAUAAAGUUCUUUGAAAGCCAUGGUGUGGAAGGGAGCACAGAUAGCAAAGCA